AGCAGCAGCAGCAGCAGCUCCGACUGCAGCUCCUGUCCGGCCAAGCCACCCCCUCCCAACCCCUCCUCAUCUGGGUGUUCUUCCGGGACCCCACGCGAAGGGCAGACCCGACCUGGACUCAUCUUCCCAGCUGGAGUGCUGCCUAAAGGACCUCCUCCCAUUUGGACAUCUCUCCCUGGGGAGCCAAAACAAUGAUUGUCCUCAGACCGCUGUCCCUGGAGGCAAAGGCCGGCUUGGCUGCGGCUGGAGUCUUCUUCUCCAUCAUGGUAUCCCGGACCUUCCUGUUGGGAAACCUGGAGAUUGGGGUGCGGCGCUGGCUGUUGAGGCUACAGACGGCCCUGUUUGCCAACGUGCUUAUGCUGAUUGGCUCCGUGUACAUUUGGAGGAGAACGGUCACUCCCCUGUACCACUCCCCUGCGGUUGAGUGGAGGUGUUUGUGGCCCUGGAAGGUGGCCAUCUUGGCCUUCCUGGGCUUGGCCCACUCUAGCUUUUUCACCAUGCUCUUUCUUGUGGCCGAGGAGCCCUACCUGCUCACCAUGGUGGCCUACUCUAGCCUUGGUGCUUAUAUCAUUAUGAUUUUCUUCCUCUUUAUCCUUGGUUGCAUGGAGCAGGGGUUCCAGCUCUUGGCCUGGAGGGGGGGCAGGGUCAGCAGAAGCAUUGAUAAGACCAGGAAGACGGUCCUGAAGCCUGUCCUGGCUGUGGCUGUGACCGCCGUGCUCAGUGUGGUUGGGCUUCUCAAUGCCGCCCAGCCUCCGGCGGUGAAGACCGUGGAGGUGCCCAUUCACCAGCUGCCGCCGUCGAUGGACAACCUGAAGGUUGUGCUCCUCUCAGACAUCCACCUGGGCCCCACGGUCGGCAGGACCAAGAUGGAGUUGUUUGUGCGCAUGGUGGAGGCUCUCAAGCCGGACGUCACUGUGAUAGUGGGGGACCUGUCUGACGCCGAGGCCUCCGUCGUCAGGACGGCCGUGGAGCCCCUGGGCCAGCUGUAUUCUCGCCUCGGCACCUACUUUGUCACAGGGAACCAUGAGUACUACACGUCCGAUGUCAACAACUGGUUUGACCUCCUCAAGUCCCUGAAUGUCCAGCCCCUCCACAAUGAGAAUGUGAAGAUCACCACCUCUGGGACAACGUCAGCGAAGGGUGAAGAUGACUGGAUCUGCCUGGCCGGGGUGGAUGACAUCGCGGCGGACACCUUGCAUUACUUCGGCCAUGGCAUGGACCUGAGCAAGGCUUUGGACGGCUGUGGCCCUGACCGCGCCUCUAUCUUAUUGGCUCACCAGCCCCUGGCGGCCAAGCGGGCCCUUCAGGCCCGGCCAGACAUCAACUUGAUCCUUUCUGGGCAUACCCAUGGUGGGCAGAUCUUCCCGCUGAAUGUGGGCGCUUACUUGCUGAACCCCUUCUUUGUUGGGCUGUACAAAGUGGGGCAGAGUACCUUUGUGUAUGUCAGUCCGGGGACAGCCUAUUUUGGGAUACCAAUGAGACUGGGAAGCCGGGCAGAAAUUACAGAGAUCAUCCUUCACUCUCCCUGAACCCGAAGCCUUUUUCUCAACUUCUCUGCCCUCCCCUCACCCAUUCCCAAUUCAGAUGAUUUUGUCUGCCUUAACCUGUACUGAUCCACCCUCUUUAGCCUUACAAACAGAUAGUGGGCUGCUAGCCCAGGUUGAGUUGGAAUUGAUAAUGGUAUGAUGUCAAGAAAUCAGAUUUCUUAUUUUUCUAUGUAAGUGGGGAAGGGCAGGUUGGUUAAAUAUUUAUGGGGGAAAGUCAUCUUUUCCUAUUUAUUUGUUCGGGGCAAGGAGCUGUUUGGAACAGACACACUGUAAUGUCCAAGAUCUUUAGAUGAUAGGGGAAUGUUGAAUAUUUAGCAAUAUGUAUUUUUUUCUGUUAGGACUUUCUUUUUCAGGAUUUAACUCAAACAGGUUUCCAGGGACUUUCUGAUUCAGGACCUUUUUUUUAGAAAGAGUUAGUGGGAAGGCCAAAGAGGAAAUAAAUAGUCUCUCUUUCCAGUUCCAUCCAUCUUUCUACCAGCUACUCUGGAAAUGCAACUAACACAAAGACAGAAAAAAAUCUUGGUUUCCUUAUUUUCUAUUAAAAUCCUGACAGUAUCAAAUUCUGCCAUAUAGACCUAGAUCUCAUAGUCCUCCAAAGUACUUGACUGAAAUAAUUAACUACCAGCCACCUGUCCUAGAGAGAUGUUACCUAAUUAACUCUUAUCCCUUCAGCUUUUGAAGAAAAACUACAUAAAGCCUUGAGUGUUGCAGUUAAAACCUGUUAAUAAUAUGAAUACAUUUGUAUAACUCUUACACUGUAUGUAAUGGUUCGGCAUACCCUUUGUGGUAGGUUGGAUGAAUGGUAGUCUUCUCAUUUAAAGAUGGCACCUACCUUCCAGGGUUGGUUGUUAUGAGGAUAAAAUGAAAUAUUUGUAAAGCUCUUUGCAAACCUUAAAGCACUAUAUAGAUCCUAGUUGUUAGUAUUAUUUGCAGAAGAGACUGAGGGCUCAGAGAGGUUCAGAUGAACCACCCAGGUUCACACAGCUGGAAGAUGUGAGGCAGAAUUCAGGUACAUUGACUGAUAGUGCUGGGCACUCUUUCAGUGACCCCAAGCUGCUUUGUAUAGCUGGCUGAUUCCUACGCAGUAUUUAAUUUUUGAAUUUACCAGAGCUGGGAUUCCUUCCUUCCUUGGGACACCCUUUCAAGUUACUAGCAAACUAAUUUAUUUUGCUGCAGGUUAAAUAUUCAUUGGCUCCAUGGCUCAGGAAUUGGGGGUAGGGGGCAUCUGGUUUCUCAGGGACAUGGUAAACUGACAAAGGGGACAGAGUUUGCCUUCCCUCCCCACUUAGCCUCCCAAUGAUUAUUAAGUCAAGACUUGAAUAUGGUUGUUAGCCACUAAGCAAAGACUCAUAGGAAGAUGCAUAGAGUCCUAGACUUGCAGCUGGAAAAUGGACCUUAGUUACUGUACAAUCCAGUUUCUUCAUUUUAUAGAUGAGGAAACAGGUCCAGGGAAGUUAAUCAUCAGAAGUGGCAUUUGAACCCAGGACCUUGGACUCCAGAAUCAGUGUCAUGCUUCUACUCUGGGUGUGAAGAAUUCUCCCCAAACUCCAGAGAGAUUCUCUGCCCAUUCAUGUUAGCCUGUCAUACCCGGUAUGGUCUCCAAAUUACCCAGUGUCAUUUAAAUGGGAGCAACUCUGUACCUUUUGUGGGGCCUUUCCCUUCCAUAGCACCCUAAUUUUGGAAGAGCCCUCUGUCAGCGAUCCAGUGACUUCUGCAGAGGAGGUCUUUACCUGUGCCUGCCCAUUUAGGGAAUAGCAAACCCAGCAGCACUGGAUGGGCUCUGGUCCUGUAAGCCUGGGUAACUAAUGAUCACAGGCGUGGUGGGCUUCAGACACACGCCCACCGGGCAUCUUAUUAGCAGUGGACGAUCCCAGAGUUGAAUUGGAAUUGAAUAGACUGGGAUUUUCACUUACCCAUUUAUUUUCCUGUUGCUUCAAGGGGACUGGCCCCUUGACAGAGACCAUAGGAAUUUACCACUAUUUGAAUGUGCUUCUGAAUGGAAGCCCAAAGAUACUUUUAAAAGCCCUGUUAACAUGGGAUCCUUCUCUGAACGUCUAGGAUUAGACCUCAGGUACAUAAGGAACGUUGGGCAGUUAAUCCUGGGGAGAAUGUUCUUAUUGUGGAGGCCUCUCUAUGUGUUAAACAAUAUUACUUGUAUGUAUAAAAAUACUUUUUGAGUUUGUUUUACUGUA